CCUGAGGAAGUAAUACCCAGUGUGAUAGAAAUGUGUUGGUUGCUAAAGAAAUUAUAAGAGAAGAAAAGAAGUCUGAAUUGUUAAGUUUUACCAGUCUUUUUGUAAUAUUUUUGUUUUGAGUUGUUUCCAAUAAUUUAUCCGUUCAUAUGGCAACCACCCUGGAUUUCAGGACUCAUGCCGACCAGUCAUGCAGAUAUUCAGAAGAAUUUGUCAACAUUUAUUACGACUGUAUGGAUAAGAAGAGGCGGAACUUAAUCCGGCUCUACCUGGACAAGGCCACCUUGGUGUGGAACGGGAAUGCGGUGUCAGGACAGGAAGCUCUGGGCGAGUUUUUUGAGUCACUGCCAUCCAGCGAGUUCCAGGUUCAAACACUGGAUUGCCAGCCUGUGCACGAGCAAGCAACCCAAGGCCAGACAACACUGCUUGUGGUGACCGGUGGCACAGUCAAGUUUGAAGGGAACAAACAGCGUUUUUUCAACCAGAACUUUCUCCUAACAGCUCAGGCUUCACCCAACAACGAUCAGCCCGUGUGGAAGAUCGCUAGCGACUGUUUCCGCUUUCAAGACUGGAAUAGCUGAGGCUCUGCUUUCCCCUGAAGUGCACAAAGGCCUCAGCAGUGAUCACCUUAAUAAUAAUCAAUAUUGCAUUUGUAUAUUCAGUUUUUUUGUAAUAAAGUGUCAUACAACACUGAGUACGAAAAGGUGUUUAUUCUUGAAACGUUGAACAAGGCAUGUGACUGCAAUGAUGGGAGUAAUAAAUACACGUAGGUUCACCAAACAACUGAAGUGACUGCCAUCGUCUGUGUACUUAAAACUUUAACAAUGCAAAUCCACCAACAUGACAGUAUUUGGAAAAAUACAUAGAAAACACAUUAAAACAGAGUUCAGAGGAUCCUUUAUACCAAAUCGUACAAUAACCUAUUAACUGAGGUAAAGUACACACAGUAUUACAGUAUGCCAGUUGUGACUAUAAUAAAGGCUAAGCAGUUUAGUAGUUAAUCAUGCUUUUUAAUAAGGUGCCUACAAACAUUUGUCAAAAUGUUUCUAUACCCCACAUUUGACAACUUCAUAUAUUAAAACAUUUGUCCGUCUUCCUGAGUCAUUUAGGCCAACACAUUUUGGUCUUCCUUUCUUAAUAAACCAUUAAAAUAACAUUAAAGCAUAAAUAAAACACAGGUAAGAAACAAAAACAAAGCUAGAUACACAGACAGACAAACGACUGCAGAUGCUCUUUAUCGUGUCGAUGUGUCUGCGGUGGGGAGCAUUUUUCCUUUCAGUCAAGUAAACACGGCAAUUCAGCCUUUUUUUGUAACUUUUCUUUUUUUACUGUCUAGCUACCACUUUUGCUCGACUACAUGAGAACUGCAGACUGAAGGCACCUUAACAUCAGUACUCCAACUUUACAAAACAGCAUGACAUGCCUCUGUGAUCAUGGUGACAUUUUUUUUCUUUAUUUUUUGAAACAUUUUCAA